AGACUUUGCACUUUGCAGUGCAGCGGACUCGUGAAGAUUGAGGAGAGGCAGAGGAAGGGGAGAAAAGGUUUUUGAAGUCAGCGAAAAUGGCGAGAUCCACUAGUAAGGAUGCUCAAGAUCUCUUCCAUUCUCUUCGCUCUGCUUAUUCCGCCACUCCUACCAAUCUCAAGAUCAUCGACCUCUACGUCGGUUUUGCUGUCUUCACAGCUCUGAUCCAGGUUGCAUACAUGGCUCUUGUUGGAUCAUUUCCAUUCAACUCGUUUCUCUCGGGAGUUCUCUCUUGUGUUGGGACAGCAGUUCUUGCUGUUUGCCUCCGGAUUCAAGUGAACAAGGAAAACAAGGAAUUCAAGGACUUGGCACCGGAGAGGGCAUUUGCGGAUUUUGUCCUCUGCAACUUGGUCCUCCACCUAGUGAUCAUGAACUUCCUCGGCUAAAUCAGACAUUUUCACAAGAGAAACAUGGUGGAGUUGUCUGUCCUGAAAUCUGAUUGAUCUAUUCUCCAGCUUUGUCUGCAGGAUCUCUCGCAUGUCACUUUUAUGUGUUCUGUUUUGCAACGUGGUCUUGUUUUUCCUUUUUUUUCCCAUUUGCUUUGGAUAAUAUUUCACGUAUUUUGUUGAACUGCAUUAUGGUAUGUUGUCAACAUUUAAGUUAGGGGUGAAUACUUCGAUUCGGGAAUUUAGUUUCGACUCUUUCAGUA